CUCAAAGCCAAAACCAUGUAAAAGGAGGCCACUCCCCUUACCUUUCACCGAAAAGUGCAACCACACCUGCAUUUUCCCUUGACUUUAGAUUAAGCACAUUAUAAACACUCAUUAAGGUGUGUUUUAAAGUCAUCACUACCCCUUUAGUCCAGCAUGGCUUCUUGUGACUUUCAUCUCAGUACUGCAGCUUUCUUUCCACAGCAUGGCCUCCUGUGGCUUCUAACUGAAAUGAGAGAGGUUGUUAAAACAGUUAUUUUCUUGAAAGAGUGACAUUUUAUUUUCUAGAGCUCUUAGUGGGAAUUUUAGGGAAGAAACUGCCAGUUUUUUUUGAAGAGAUGGGUGUUGUUACCGUUGGUGAUUUGAAGCCAAGCAUAUCAGGGAAGAGAUCAUUUCGUCCAAGUUCCAGCAUAAGGCAUGCCACUGAAUGGCCAAUAUCUGAUGUUUCUAGCGAUCUUACUGUUGAAGUUGGAGCCUCAAGCCUUGCCCUUCAUAAGUUCCCUCUAGUUUCUAAGAGUGGAAGAAUUCGGAAACUGCUGUUGGAAGCAAAAGAUUCAAAAGUUUCACGCAUAAAUCUUCCUGCUGUUCCCGGUGGACCAGAGGCAUUUGAACUAGCUGCAAAGUUCUGUUAUGGAGUAAAUGUUGAGAUUACACUCUCAAAUGUAGCUAUGCUACGAUGCACAGCUCAUUUUCUGGAAAUGACAGAGGAAUUUGCAGAGAAAAAUCUGGAAAGUAGAACUGAAACAUAUCUAAAGGAGAUGGUGCUCCCCAAUAUAUCAACCUCAAUAUCUGUUCUUCACCGUUGUGAAAGCCUAUUGCCAAUAUCAGAGGAGAUCAACCUGGUCAGCAGGCUUAUCAAUGCAGUUGCAAGUAAUGCAUGCAAAGAGCAGCUCACCUCAGGUUUGUUAAAACUUGAUCACCAUAACUUCCCGACAAAAUCUAUCCCAAACAUGGAACCAGAAACACCAGCAGACUGGUGGGGAAAAUCACUCACAGUGCUUAAUCUUGAUUUCUUCCAAAGGGUUCUGUCAGCAGUAAAAUCCAAGGGUCUAAAACAGGAUUUGAUUAGCAAAAUUUUGGUAAACUAUGCCCAUAAUUCUCUUCAAGGACUCGUUGCCAAGGACCCCCACCUGGUCAAAGGAAAUCUCUUGGAUUUGGAAUUGCAGAAGAAGCAAAGAGUCAUUGUUGAAGCAAUGGUUAGCUUACUACCAACACAAUCAAGGAAGAGUCCUGUUCCAAUGGCAUUUCUUUCAAGUUUGUUGAAAACAGCGAUAGCUGCAUCAGCAUCUACUUCGUGCAGAUCGGAUUUGGAGAGGCGAAUUGGUCUGCAACUAGACCAGGCAAUUCUAGAAGACAUUUUAAUACCCACAAAUUCACAUGGAAACAAUCACAGCACACUUUAUGAUACAGAUUCAAUCUUGAGGAUAUUCUCCAUGUUUCUGAACCUUGACGAGGAUGAUGAUGAUGAUAGUCACUUGAGAGAUGAAAGCGACAUGGCAUACGACUUUGACAGCCCUGGAUCUCCUAAACAAAGUUCAAUUCUCAAGGUAUCAAAGUUAUUGGACAAUUAUCUUGCAGAAGUUGCACUAGACUCAAACUUGCUGCCAUCAAAGUUCAUAUCACUAGCAGAACUGCUUCCAGACCAUGCUCGUGUAGUAAGUGAUGGAUUGUACAGAGCUGUGGAUAUCUUCCUCAAAUUCUUAUUACAGGUUCAUCCAAAUAUUAAGGACUCCGAGCGCUACCGACUUUGUAAAACAAUUGACUGUCAGAAACUAUCCCAAGAAGCCUGCAGCCAUGCAGCACAGAAUGAAAGGCUACCUGUGCAGAUGGCUGUGCAAGUGUUAUACUUUGAACAAAUCCGGCUUCGGAAUGCCAUGAAUGGGAAUCACAACCAGUUCUUCUUCGGCGCAAUCAAUGGCCAGUUCCCUCAACGAUCAGGCAGUGGUGCUGGAAGUGGAGCCAUCUCACCAAGAGAUAACUAUGCAUCAGUGAGAAGGGAGAACAGAGAACUGAAGCUUGAAGUUGCAAGAAUGAGAAUGAGGCUAACAGACUUAGAGAAGGACCAUGUCUCCAUGAAACAGGAGCUUGUAAAGACACAUCCUGCCAAUAGGCUAUUUAAAUCAUUCACCAAAAAAUUAAGCAAGCUGAAUUCCCUGUUUCGGAUUAAUGGCAUAAAGCCUAUAGGAGGUAAGGCUCACUCAGAGAGUCGAUUUCCAUUUCAGAAGAGAAGGCGUCACUCAGUUUCAUAAACUUUGUGUAAAUGUGUAGAAUAUAAUAUAUAUGCAUGAGUGUAUAGUGUAAUAUAUAUAUAUAUUUAGUGUGAUUUUGUGUAUUGAUCCUGGGUUUACUGUGUUCAGUGAGAUCAAUGCCUUGACUUCUCCAUGGGCUAUGAAGGGCAGGAACUCAAAUCAAAAUUUGUAUGCAAGAGGUAUGUCCAGAGGUGUGAGGAUUUUUAGAAUAUUGAAAUAGAAUUCAAAAAAAAAGUUCUUUUGUAAUAUGAAAUUUUUCAUGGUUUUAGUUUCAUUAUAUAUAGCAACUCUUGAUGUCAUCUAUACUUGCAGAAAUUGCUGAGCUUUUGUUAUGGAAUGUUGACAUCAUAUUUGAAAAUAGCACAAUAUUCAGCUAGAUGAAAGUUUCCUCUAAUGUUCAAACAUUAAAAUGAUU